CGCACGUAAACAACUGUCAUGGCGCUGCACAAAGGAGCCCUCCGACUAAACCUGUUAGUUAACAGCCGUAAUUUCUACAAAUUCACGUCAUUUGUCGGUGUCAGGUCGUUGUCAGAAUAUGUGUCAUCUAAACCCACACCGUCCACUGCCCCAGAGAUCGCGAGUGACCAUUUAAUCUACACGCAAGAGCACUUUGCAUUAAAGGACUCCCUCAGAAAGAUCAUCGACCAGGAGAUCAACCCCUACGUGGAUCAAUGGGAAGCAGAGGGGAAGUUUCCAGCACAUAAAAUCUUCAAGAUCUUAGGAAGUGCUGGCUUUCUGGGAGUCAACAGGUCACCUGAGUAUGGAGGUUUGGGUCUUGACUUCAGCUACAGUGUAGCAGUUUCAGAGGAGCUGGGCAACAUCCGGUGUGGAGGUAUCCCCAUGGCCAUCGGUGUACAGACUGACAUGGCUACUCCUGCUCUGGCCAGAUUUGGCUCAGAUGAGCUAAAGAAAGAGUUUCUCCUUCCAACCAUCAUGGGAGACAAAGUGGCCUGCCUCGGUGUUAGUGAAGUCGGAGCCGGCUCUGAUGUCUCAAGUAUCAUGACCAAGGCAGUGAAGAAAGGGGAUGAAUAUGUGAUCAACGGGGGAAAGAUGUGGACCACAAACGGUACCCAGGCCGACUGGAUUUGUCUUCUUGCCAACACCAGUGACGGGCCUCCACACAGGAACAAAUCUCUCCUCUGUGUGCCCAUGAACCUGCCAGGAGUACACAUCGCCCGCAAGAUUGAUAAACUCGGCAUGUGGUCAUCGGACACAGCUCAAGUGUUCUUUGAUGACGUUCGUGUACCAUGCAAGAACAUUAUCGGUCAGGAAGGCAUGGGCUUCACCUAUCAGAUGCUUCAGUUCCAGGAAGAGAGGCUCUGGGCAGUGGCCAACGUCGUGACCAGUAUGGAAAACAUCAUUCAGGAAACCAUCCAGUACACACGGCAGAGGAAGAUCUUCAAGCAGCCUAUCCUCUUCCACCAGGCGGUUCACUUCAGGUUGGCUGAGCUGCAGACAGAGGUGGAGUUACUCCGCUCCCUCCUCCACCGCGCCACAGCAUUGUACAUUAAAGGCAACGAUGUCACCUAUCUGGCAUCCAUGGCGAAAUUAAAGGGAGGCCGCCUGGCCAGGGAAGUGGGCGACACCUGUCUCCAGUAUUGGGGAGGAAUGGGCUUCACCAGUGACGUGCUGGUCAGCAGAUUUUACAGAGAUUCCAGGUUAAUAUCCAUCGGUGGAGGAGCUGAUGAAGUCAUGCUGGGAAUCAUCUGUAAGUACAUGGACACACUGCCCAAGCACUGAUGUCAUCAUAACCUGAACCACGGACUGAUGCCACAAUGCUGCUGAUAGCGUGCUAAUCCUUCACAAUGAAUUGCUAAAAAACAGAUCACCUAAGUGCAAUUCACUUAUUAAAUUCUUGACAUUAAUAGGAAGUUAGAUUGUCUUGCAAUUUGUCUUUUUGAUUGUUUUAAUGAAACUGUAUGUGAUCAAAAAACAAACAAACAUACCGAGUAAUGAAGCACCUGUUUUAUCUUGUUUAUCAUGAACUCACAAAUGUGAACAGCCAACAACCGCAUUUUAUUCUGUAAUUUAUGACUUCAUUUAAAUAUCCUUAUAAGACUAAAUAUAUAAAUGUAUAGAGAUUUUUUUAGAACAGACAAAAUAAAAUAAUGUGCAUAAAAUGACUGUUGUUCAAA